CGUUUGAUCUCACCCAUCCUUUACUUAACCAACAUCACCAACUCACACACACAGUCGCGAUAACUUCACCAACCAUGGGCGCAGGAUCAGGCGUCACUCUCAAGUUCCUUCAGUGGUUCAUCCGCGGAGUCCAGUUUGCCUGCGCUGCCCUUAUCCUCGCCAUCUACUCGUACUUUCUCGCCGCUCUCCACAAUCACAAGCUCUCCAUCAGCGACACGGUCCGCGCCGUCGAGGGAAUCUCGGGUAUUGCCGUGCUCUACACCCUCGCUGGUCUUCUUCUCCUCUGCUGUCUCGCAGGACGUACCCUAUCUUCUUUCAUUGCUAUUAUUCUCGAUGUCGCAUUUAUCGGCGCAUUCAUCUACGUUGCCGUCGCCAACAAGAAUGGAGCUAGUAGCUGUGAUGGCUAUCUAGACACUCCAUUCGGCAAAGGUAAAGCUAGCCAGACAGCAAAGGGAAGUGAUGGCUUCACUGCUCUUCCCAGCUAUCGUGUUGCUUGCAGACUUCAAUCUGCUUGCCUGGCCGUUUCCAUCAUCGCAAUCUUCUUCUUCGUCUUCUCCAUCCUCAUGGAGGUAGCCCUCGCCCGCCACCAUAACAAGGAGAAGCGCUUCGGUCCCAGCCCCGCCAACAAUUACACCUCUGGCUACGGCAAGCGACCCGGCUUCUUUGCCCGUCUGUUCCGUCGCAAGACGGCUGCCGUUAACCAAGACAACGAGCUUCCUGAGCACACCCACCCAGACCAGCUCGACGACAACGCCCGCCAGAGCCACGGAACCGAGCGUACCGCUGUCAACAGCUACCCCGACAACACGUACAGCAAGUACGACAGCAACGGGUACAGCUACCCCGAUGCCAACCACAGCCGUCAGGACGGGUACGGCCAGAUCCACUAUCCAGAACCCGAGUACGGUGUCACGCAGCCAGCACCUCACAACAACCAGAACAACGCGAAUUACCGAUAUGACGACGGUGUCUACGAUCGUGCGUAAGAAAUUGGGAAUGUAUGGACGAGAACAAAGGAUCAACAGAGAAUGAGAUACCCGGAAUGUUACUCCCGGCUAAAGCAACCGGUCGCUUACGAACAUUUCAUAUUCAACACAGAUAGAUGAUAGGACCUAAUGAGCUAAUAAUGCAUAAUAUUGUACGGUUCUUUACAUUUCUAAUGCCCCAUUGACUUGGAAUUCGUCCCUCACGUAAACGGAUUAAAGUCAGCCCUGGCUUGUUAUUCCAGAAGGUCCCAAAUCAGAUACUAGAGAUGACGAAACACAGAGUCUAGUAGCAUGGCAACCGGCUCAACAAGGUUCCACAACGGCAUUGCGUUGCCCGAUCAUGACCUUUGACAAAACCUUGAUAUAAAGUUAUAACAAGGUGCUUACAGUUGCGGUUACUCUAAACCUAGAUUUGGCCAGAGUCGGUGACGAGUAUCUGUUAGCGGACAUCCAACUGGGAAGGUGAUCAAGAUGCGAUAGUAACACAGAUUGAGAUUUAUAAUAGCAAUAGAAAUACAUCCAUCUUGUAUUGCAUGGUU